UACGCGUAAUACAAGGCGCUAUAUAUCUGAAUGAUAAUGUGCCUAUUCCACGCACUACAAAACGAAGAUAUACCGAUAGUCAUUCUAUUUCGCCCAUGGAUGCAACAAACUCUGCUGAAGUUGCGGCAAGUGAUGACCGCGACAUUGGAACGGUUUCGCAUGAGGAAAAAGAAUUUGGCUCGCACAGUCCCAUUUUCAUGCACGAGGAAGAUAUUGAAAAUGUUGAAGAAGACGAUCGGCAUGCAAUGGAUGGGAGACCACAUGAGCUGGUCACAGAGUUCAUAGAUCCUGAACGUGAAAAGGGUACGGUGAGAGAUAAUAUGUUAGCAUCUGUUACAGUGGGUGUGCUGACCAUUCUGAGUGAAGAUAAUCCUGAGCUUGGCUUGAUCAUCAAUAUUGCUAUGUCUGGUUCUGAUGAUGACGAUGCAGAUCUGCGUGAAGGCCAAACUGCUCAUGAUGAUGCCCAAAUGUCUGAUUCUGAUGAAGACCUUGCAGACCAAAUUGCACAUAAUGAUGCGCAGAUAUCUGAUACCGAUGAAGACCUUGCAGAACCAUUUGAAGGCCAAAGUGGUCACGAUGCUGCUCAGCAUACACCUUUAUCUAGGGCCCAACAGCAGCAACCUAGCAGUGGUGGGGCUUGAACCAGCAACCUUUGGAUAACUAGUCAUGUGCCUUAACCACUAGGCUACGGCUUGAACUACACAACUCAGUCAGAGAUCCAGUAAGAGAUCCAGAGAUCAGAUCUGCUGAGAUGAACCAGGAGGAACGGAGGAUCGUGCUGCUGGGGAGGACUGGUGUUGGGAAGAGCUCAACAGGAAACACCAUCCUGGGAAUUAAUGCAUUCAGAUCAGAACGAUUUUUAGAUUCUGUAACAAAACACAGUGAAAGUGCAGAAGCUGUGAUAGGAAACCGUGUACGUGUGGUUGAUACACCAGGAUUCUUUGACACAAGAUCACUGACACUAGAUCAGUUAGCGGUGGAGUUGUACAGGACUGUUUAUCUCUCACAACCAGGAGUUCAUGCUUUCAUUCUGGUUUUCAGGUUUGAUCAUUUCACAAAACAGGAAAUAGAAAUAAUUAGGCGCUUACAGAAGGUUUUUGGUGAGCAGGUUACAGAUCACAUGAUCAUUUUGUUUACUCAUGCUGAGGGUGUAAGAGAGGAAAUUAUACAUCAGGAAAUAAGCAGGAAUAAAGAUCUCAGAAGGGUUUUAGAUCAGUGUGGAGGAAGAUUUCACAUCUUUAAUAAUGCAGAACCACAGAACAGACAGCAGGUCACUGAACUUCUGCAGAAGAUAGACAGGGUGGUGCAGUGGAAUGGAGAAGGAUUCUACACUAAUGAGGUGUAUGAGGGAGCACAGACCUUAACCUGGGAUGAAUUAUGGGAGAAAUUCAAAUUAUCCUUUUUCAUUAAAGCUACUGCUCUAGCUAUAGGUGUGCUGACACCAACAGCAGUUAUGAAGGGGGUGGCAGCAUUAUUCAGAUUAUACUUUUCCACUGCAGCUGAUGUUCUAGCUGGAUCUGGAUCUGUGAUGAUACCAGUAGUAGCAGCAGCAGUUAUUAUAGGAGUGGUGUCAGUGAUAAUGGGAUCAUUAAGGUGGUAACUGGGAUUUAGGAAGGAAGUGGUUUGUGGUGCUUCAUUGGGAGCAGCAACAGGAGGUGAACAACACUCAUAAAUAUGUGAUUAAAUGAUUAAAUAUUACAAAUAUAAACGGUCAUACUAACAAACAUUGUUACUAGUUUAAAUACUUAUUUUGUUGAAGCUUUUAAACAGUGAUAGCUCAGUGGUUAAGGUACUGGAUUAGUAAGCAGAAGGUUGCCGGUUCAAACCCCACCACCACCAAGUUGCCACCCUUGGGUCCCUGAGCAAGGCCCUUAACCCUCAACUGCGCAUCGUGUUCAGCUCAUUGUGUAAGUCGCUUUGGAUAAAAAAGUCUGCUAAAUGCUGAAAAUGUAAUCACACUUUAAUCUGACAAUCAUUUAAUCAUUUGUUUUACUGCUUACAUGGGAAUGUUUCCUGCAUUUUUAUUUAUAAUUUAAUUAUUUACACAAUGGUUUUAUUUAAUAAAAUGAAAGUGAACCCUUUUAUUAAUUCAUUAAA